GUCGGUUAGAGUAUGACAGCUGCUUGCUGCGCUCUGAUUGGCCCGUUUUAAAAUUGUAAAUCUUCAACUGUAAGAACUGAAACUUCAUGGAACAGCAAUCAUAAACUCGUUUAUUUGCUUAAAAAUGUGUGACACUCCGUUUAAAACACCUUUUCCCUGUCGGACCGCUCGAGCUGACCUAAACCGAGAGAUGUUUGGCGAAAAAGCGGCCUCCGACAGCGAUGAAAGCAUUGCCUCGUCCAACUCUGAUAACAUGGGGUCUGCCACAACCCAGUCUUCAAAUGGAGAUAUUUCCCUGGUAGCACAAUUCGACGAUUUGAUGCGGAGCUAUCGCCCCCUUAGAAACAACGAGCUGGAGACAAUCCCAGCAUUUAUCGAGUUUGUCGAAGAAGUUAAAUUGUUGUUUGUUGAUUAUUUUCAAGCCUUGGAUGAGUGUAAAAGGCUGCAAUGUGUCCUUGAUAGUAAAGUAAUGGAAUGUAGCGAUUUGGAGAACAAGUUACACUCAGCGCGAAAAAUGAUUGAUAAGGAAAAGCUAAUGGUCAGGACGGCACGAAGGGAGAGAGAUGAAUUAGCGUCUCAGAUAAACCUCGUCAAAGAUCUUCUGUUCAAAGACAAAAAGUCCACAAGCAGGUUUUCUGACGAAAUGAGGCGAAAAUUGUCAUUUUUAAACAACAACAACAACGGGGAAAGCGACUGGGAUUUAACUAGUGCAAACGGAAAUGGGCACCAACCCCAACUUAGCGCUAUUAAAGAAGUUAAUUCAACGGGAUCAAUGCUUUCAGACUUCAGUUAUUCUCAAUCCGAAGAUGAUUUAGAUCAUUCGCGCCUCUCGGGAGUUGCGUGGAAGAAGCACAGGCCUAGCACAGGCGGAGUUGCUGAACCUGCUGUUAAAAAACGACGUUCUUCGGGAAAUAAAGUUGUUGAGAUUGGGGCGGCUGAUACUGUUAGAGCAACAACAACCUUAACUCUCAACAAGGAUGGCCCCAUCACUGCCACUUCUAUCAUCGAGUCCGUCCCCAAAACUCCGGGAGUUCCGGAACCAGCUCAUACGGUCGAGUCAUACCCAAGUGCCCCUCCCUCAAACCUUGUUUUCGAGUCAUGGGCCCGUGGCAGCCCCCGCAAAUCUUACCACAAACUCAACGGCAGAGAACAUUGUUUCCAACAGAAAACUCUUGUAAUGCCUGAAACUUGCGCAUGUUGCGAUAAACGCAUCCGUUUUGGUAAAACUGCCUUCAAGUGCAAAGAAUGCAAAGCUGUUUGCCAUCUAGAAUGCAAGAAUAAUCUUCCCUUGCCGUGUAUUCCCGUGGUGCACACACCAAAUCAACGAAACGGAAUGGGGGUGAUUGGGGAUUACACCCCAACAAGUCCGCCAAUGGUUCCAGCCAUUCUCAUCCACUGCAUAAACGAAAUUGAGUUGAGGGGGCUAUCAGAAAUUGGUUUGUACCGAGUUCCAGGCUCAGAGCGUGACGUUAAAGCGUUGAAAGAGCGGUUUUUGAAAGGGAAAGGAGCCCCUUGUCUCAAUCAAAUUGACAUUCCUGUUAUUUGUGGAACUGUCAAAGACUUUCUAAGGGGUUUGCAUGAACCGAUCAUUACUUACGCCUUAUGGAAGAAAUUUGUACAAGCCGUCAAUGCUAAGGACCCAAUUGACAUACAACCAGCUCUGUAUCAAGCCAUAUCAGAGCUUCCACAGCCAAACAGGGAUACUCUAGCAUAUAUGGUUUUGCAUCUUCAGAAAGUGGCAGAAGCCAAAGAGUGCAAAAUGAAUAUCACUAACCUUGCCAAAAUUUUCGGACCUACCAUAGUUGGCUACUCGUCCGAUGAUCCAAAUCCAAACCACUUGUUGGAUGAAAUUGCCCAACAUAAUAUGGUAAUGGAACAUUUGCUGAACAUUCCUUCGGAUUACUGGUCCGGUUUUAUCAAUGUCGAACCGACUUAUCAACGUGGAAAAUUGCAACAAACCCCAAGCACUGAUUCUUUAUUGCGUCCUAUAGCUCCUAAAGGACUUUUCACUCCAGUGAGCGCCAACAGGAAUUCGGCGAAAAAGAAGCAGAAGUAUUUUCCUUCGCCCAAAAACUACCGUUAACGAUUUUUAACAUUUUAAUUUACUUUUAACUUUUCUUUUUGCAUAAUUAUUUACUUUAGCAUGUUUUUUUUAAAUAUUUUUGGUACCAGAAGUUAUUUUGUAAUUUAGAGAUUAA